CGGGGCGGGGACGCGGCGGCGGUGGCGGAGACUCCGUGUUGCCGGAGCCCGAGCGCGCAGGCCCGUCCCGGCGGGCUGGCGGGCGGCCGGGGCGGGGGCGCCAUGUGGUUCAUGUAUGUGCUGAGCUGGCUGUCGCUUUUCAUCCAGGUGGCCUUCAUCACGCUGGCCGUCGCGGCCGGACUCUAUUACCUGGCAGAAUUGAUAGAAGAAUACACAGUGGCCACCAGCAGGAUCAUAAAAUACAUGAUCUGGUUCUCCACAGCUGUGCUGAUUGGCCUCUACGUUUUUGAGCGCUUCCCCACCUACAUGAUUGGUGUGGGCCUCUUCACCAACCUUGUCUACUUUGGCCUCCUCCAGACCUUCCCCUUCAUCAUGCUGACCUCGCCUAACUUCAUCCUGUCGUGCGGGCUAGUGGUGGUGAAUCAUUACCUAGCGUUUCAGUUUUUUGCAGAGGAAUAUUAUCCCUUCUCAGAGGUCCUGGCCUAUUUCACUUUCUGUCUGUGGAUAAUCCCGUUUGCGUUCUUUGUGUCACUGUCGGCUGGGGAGAACGUCCUGCCCUCCACCAUGCAGCCUGGAGAUGACGUGGUCUCCAAUUACUUCACCAAAGGCAAGCGGGGCAAACGCUUAGGGAUCCUGGUUGUCUUCUCCUUCAUCAAAGAGGCCAUUCUACCCAGUCGGCAGAAGAUGUACUGAACUUCUGCGGAGGGGAUGCUGGGGCAAGAUCAGGAGAGUCAGGCCCCUGGGCCUCUGCAGUAGGUGGGUGCCGGGAGCUGGAAGGCACCUUCCCCCAGCGCUGGCCCUCCUUCCCUCGACUCCCCCGGAAGCCCCUAUCCCCACCGUCCUCAGGAGGCUCAGCUUGGCUCAGAUGUGAUGCUGCCGGAGGCUGAGACCUCAGAGGGCGCCAGGGAGGAUGCGGUGCCUGCUUAGCCAGGAGGCCGUGGCCCACCUGGGUGUGCAGAGCUGAGCUCCUGUGGCCCUCCCGCCGCUUCCUGUGAUGGGUCCGGAGUUCUGGCUCUCCCAGGGCAGGCAGGGCAGGGGCCGUGAAGCUGGAGAGCAGACAGUGAUAACUGCUAUGGGCAGAUGGCCGUGGGGAGGGGCCGUGGCUUAGCACUUGCAAGAGAAAGUUUUGCUGUUGAACUGUGAUUUCUGUCCAAGUGCUGAUUCCCGUUUGAAUAAAGAUUCUAGGUGGCCCUGUUUGCCUUAAUACCCUGAAAGUUCAUCUUCCUUUCUUCUGCUGACCUUCCGCCUGGACUGGCUUUUCUGCGCCAGGGGCUCCUUUUCUGGGUUUGGGUCUUGCCUUUCCGAAGGGACUGUUCUUGUGGCCCUUAGUGGGAAGGGGACAGAGAUGAGGAGCCAAGCCUGGAGUGGGAGGCGGGGGAGUGGGGAUGGAUGCGGCCUUUCUUAACGCCCUUCUCUCUCCUUGCAUCUCUUCUUUCCUCAGGGCUCCGUGACUGUCAGACUGGGGGCGAGAGGGGAUGGUGUGGGCCUGGGUUAGAUCUUUCAGGAGAACAUGUACAGUGUCCUAUUUAUAAGUCUUCGCCUAGGGAAGAGAGCGGUUUCUGGCUGAAUUCUAUCUCAGGCUCGAGGAGAAACAUUAAAAAUUGGCUUCUUGGCAGCCCGGGCUACAGCCUGUUUGUAAGAAACAGGGCUGAUGAGAGAAGCUCUUUGUCACUCUAAGAGCACACAAGGGCUGGCCCUCUCUUCUGAGCGCUCUUGGCUCCUGGGGAGGUGAUCAGUCUUCUAAAAAGGCAGGCCGGGUCCUGGGCACAGGCCCGCAUUUGUUGGCCUUGCGUUCCAACUACGGUGCCUUACAAGUACUCAGCAGUACCUAUGCGAAUGAGGUCCCCACGAGAGCCAUCACCGGACAUGUCCUGUACCUCACAGCAAAGCAGACAGGUGCAGAGAUGGACUGCACGCAUGUGGUACCUUUCAGCCACAGGGAAGACCUCUGUGCUUGAAGAUCUUACCUCUACGUCCUGCCUCAAGUCCCGCCGUAGCCCUUCAUUUCCUUGGGUCUAGCAUUCCCGUUCUCUUAAAAAUCCCAGCCUUCCCCUUUCCUGGGGAGGAGCAGUACAUUUGGGCCUUCUCUCAGUGGCACUGAGAUUGCCAGGCCCUUUUGUCCUAUGCAGACAAGGGAGGACAAGGUGGAGGACACUGGAGGCCAGUGUCCUGACUGCUGGCCAGCAGCUGGCCUUGCCCUCCGUUGCUGUCCAUGUCUUUGUUUCUCACCCCAAUGGUGGGGCUUUGCCCUCCAUUCACUCCACUGCCAGUGUUCUGGGGGCUGCCAGUGGCCUUGUGCUAAGUCCAGCGGACCCUCUUCCUAUCUCCUCUUUCUGGAUUUGUGCAGCAUCGGGCAGGGCUCGUCGCCCCCAGCGUCCCAAGCACUUCUGUGGCUGGUUCUCCCUCUGGCUGCUCCUUUCCGGGUCCCGUGCAGGCCCCUCCACUCACCCCCCGCGCAGUGGGGUUUCUCAGGGUUCGGUCGUGUGUUCCCUGGAGGAGCCCAUCCGUGCUGAUGGUUUCAAGGAAUUGAGAGCCGACAGCCAGCCCCAGCAUCCCUCUCGGUCCUCUGAACCACAGUUCUGCUGCACUUGGUGCCACCCUUUGCAACCUGCCUUUUCUGGGUACUUGCCUUGGCCCCAAGAUCACUCAGGAGCCCGACCAGAAACCUGCUUUCUCUUUCUGCCCUGACAUCCAAUCUCUAACAACUGUCAAGUUUACCUUCUUAACAUCUCUUGAUUUGAGCCACUCCCUCUGUCAGCACCUUUCACCUGGAUUAUUGUGACAGCCUCCUUCUGCUUCUCUAUCCCACAGCCAGAGUUGUCUUUCUAAUGCAUGGUUGAUCUAGUCACUCCCUGGCUUACAACCUUCCACGGCUCCCCCCGUCAGGAUAAAGUCCAGACCCCUGAGCAUGGCUCGUGAGGCUCGCGGUGUCCCGGCUCUCGCUCGCCUCUCUGGCCUCAUCACUUGCCACCUUGCAUUCUGAUUUUCAGCCUCCUGUAUCCAGAGAUACCCUUUAAUUCCCUUUCUUCUGCUCGCCUGAGUACCUUCUCUGUCAGUUCUCAACUUAGAUUUCACUUCCUCCAAGGAACUUUGAAUGUCCCCUCUCCCUCCAGCACACCACACAGAUCACUCUGGGCUUAUUUGCCUGCUUACUGGUUUAUCUCCCCAUUAGACUGUAAGCUCCUUGAGGGCAGGAAUCGUCCUUCAGUUUUUGUAUCAACCGUGCCUAGCUUGGCACCUGGCACAUAGAAAGUACUCAAUAAA